GAUCUGCUGUCUGAUCAACACGCACUCGACCUAGAGACUGCUAGAUUCUGAUACCUACUGCCACCUGCCUUGAUCGAAAUAGUGUCUCAAGUGCCAUUUAUAUCCUUUAUUCAUGUGUAUGUUAUUGUGUAACUAACAACAAUUGUAGAACUUGAACCAGCUAAUUACUUGGAAGAUCACACAUAUUGCGGUGCUGCGCAGUUGUUUCGAGCGCGCUAACGAGUUUCAUUUGAAGCUCAGUUCUGAUCAAGUGCAGUGGUAAACCUUUUGAGUGCGAUGUCUUCGCAAUCGGUAGCUUAUUUCGAACAUCAUGAGGGAGAUUAUGUGGCGGCGGAUGAGAGUGAUAUAAACCAAUACAGUUGGGUGAAAAUUUGGUGUGUUUUUUUAGUGCAACUUAUUUUAAGUAUUCCCAAUCUUGUGAAAGAUUUUAUCCAACAACACAUUUGGGCUCCGAAGAAAUCCAUCGCCGGUUCCGUAGCGCUAGUGAGUGGUGGUGCCAAUGGAUUAGGAAAAGCUCUGUGUUUCGCGUUAGCCCGGGAAGGGUGUAAAAUUGCGGUGGUGGAUAUCGAUUUGAAGGGGGCAGGGAAGACUGUGGAAAACAUACGACUGACGGGAGGUGAAGCCGAGGCCUUUCGGGCUGAUGUGGCUGACACGCGCUCCGUACAGCAGCUGAGAAAAGCUGUCGAAGCAGCGCUCGGACCCGUCGACAUUUUAGUAAAUAAUGCCGGUUUGCUUUCGUUUGUACAAAUGUGUCAGGGGACGGAUGAGGAAAUUCAACGAAUCAUCAACGUAAAUUUGGCCUCUCAUUUUUGGAUGAAUCGCCAGUUUAUGCCUGGAAUGCUGCAAAGGAAGAAAGGACACAUUGUGGGCAUUAGCUCAGUUUUUGGUUUAAUUCCAAACUAUCGCACCAUUGCGUACGGUGCUACGAAGUUCGGAAUAAGCGGAAUGAUGGCAUCGUUGGGCGAUGAGAUUUACUUCGGAGGAAAUGGCGACAAUGUGUUCACAACUUGUGUUUAUCCCUGUUUGGUGGCAUCGAGGAAAGAUUUUAUGAAAAUGGUCAACAAAAUCGGGAUUCUGGUGAAAUCUGUUUCGCCAGAGCACGCAGCUGAUCUGGUAGUGGACGGAGUGCUAAGGAAUAAGAGUGAAAUAAUUUUGGAUUCCUGUUUUAUGCGAUUCCUAAUCCAGAUACAUGGGCUUUGUUCCACAAGGAUGCGUCGGAUUUUCACCAAAUCUGUUUGUGUGAAUACGGACGUAUAAAAUGGUAUGAUUGAUAUGUAUCUUGAUAGUUUUGGUAACAUUCCUGCCUGAAUCUUGAAAUCGAAAAAUUUAUGUCGACUAAACUAGAUUAGACACGAAUUUCAGUUGAAACACAAUAAAACAGGU